AUGUUUACCCAAAAGAUAUCUGACCAACUGGACUCUAAAGGUGCUCCUUUGUGGCGUCAGGACCAUACCAACUUGUUUCAUGGCAUAGAGUCCAAAGGUGAUAGCGCGAUGUUCAAAAGUUCGGUGAGCAAGCUAGGAUCUGCUUUGGAGAGCAAUAGAUUGACUGUUUUGCCAGACAGCAAACAAGCCCCUGGCAAUGAGAUGGGACGCAUCAAAGCAGCGGCUCGAGCAGCAAGUGCGCCAGGAAUGAUAUCCUUGGGAGCAGGUGCUCCACCAGAAGUAUAUUUCCCGUUUGAAAGCAUCCAACUCCAAGUCUCGAACGCGAUCGGCAAGGCAGGUGAUGCAGGAAAAGAUUUAUCUAUGCUUAGUCUGGCAAAAUAUGACUUUCAGCCCGGCAUCAAUGACUAUAGUCUUGACGUUGCCUUAAACUAUGGCCAGGGCAGUGGCUCUGCACAAAUGCUUCGCUUUGUCACUGAGCAUACUGAACUCGUUCACAACCCUCCAUAUCUGGACUGGGCAUGCUGCAUGACAGUCGGCAGUACCUCAGCAUGGGAUUCGACCUUAAGAAUUUUCUGCGAGAAAGAUGAUUAUAUCAUUGUGGACAAGUAUUCUUUCUCUAGCGCUUUGGAGACAGCCUGGGCACUUGGUAUCAAAACUCUGCCUGUGGCAAUGGAUGACCAAGGGCUACUUCCAGAUGAUUUGGACAAACUUCUCUCGACGUGGAAGCCAGAAAAGCGUAAUGCUCGAAAGCCAUUCCUUCUUUACAUGGUCCCGACCGGCCAGAAUCCAACUGGUGCCACGCAAUCCCUCGAACGCCGGAAAGCCAUUUACGCCGUUUCUCGGAAGCAUAAUCUCUACAUUGUAGAAGAUGAGCCAUACUACUAUUUACAAUUACCCUCUUUCAAUUCUUUGGGUUCUUCCUACAGCGAAUCCAAAGCUUGUGAGCUCAUUCCAUCCUACCUGAGCCUGGAUGUCGAUGGACGAGUUUUGCGCCUUGACUCGCUUUCAAAGGUUCUCGCCCCGGGUUCAAGGAUGGGCUGGGUUACAGCAUCUGAGCAAGUGGUCGAAAAGUUUAUUCGGUUAAAUGAAUCGUCUUCUCAACACCCCAGUGGCUUCUCACAGGCUAUCAUCUACAAACUUCUCAAUCACCAUUGGGGUCAUUCCGGCUUUUUCAAAUGGCUCGCGAAUAUACAGUCCGAAUAUGCGUGGAGAAGAGAUGCUCUGUUACAGGCUUGUGAGAAAUAUCUUCCCAAGGAUAUUGUCAGCUGGGUUCCAUCCCAUGCAGGCAUGUUUCAAUGGAUUGAGAUAAAUUGGAAGUCUCAUCCUACGUACAAAUCUGGUUCUGGGCAUCAAGCGAUCCAGGAUGCCAUCUUUGCAUCCGCUGUUGAACAGAAGGUCUUCUUGACACCGGGUACCUGCUUUUGGUCUGACAUAGAUUCAAAAGAGGACCAGAUGUUCUUUCGCGCUACUUAUGCUUCAGCUUCUCAAGGGGAUCUUACGGAAGCCGUCCGGAGAUUUGCGAACGCGAUCCAGUGUCAAUUUUCAUAA